AUGCGACGUCCGUUAGGCCUCCCUCGUCGCAUUUAUUUGGCUUUAUCUAACUUCUUGUUUGGUGCCGGCUCCGACAACUUCGGCAUCAGUCCUUUGGUGCCUGGUACCACCAACAGCAAUCAUUCGGCCAACCUUGGCUGGGCUCGACAUCAUCGCUCUUGUGCCCAAUCUGGACAGACUUCUGCCACCUACUCACGGCUACAUAACGAUCGGUGCCAUCAACACGUCAAUCGGAGCAAGUGCAGAGGCUACUCCUUCAUUUCUCUAGCCGGCUGCAUGCUUGACUGUUGCCGUUCUUGCCUCAGCUGCCAGAGUGGCAGCCGCUUCUUGCUGGCUGAGUCGUUAUGGUCACGGCACAAGUGUUUCUGUCUCGUCGAUCUGCCACUUAUCGCUUGCCUGCCGCUUGCCCUAGUUCGCCUUCUUCUCAGUCAUCUUUUCGCUUACCUGCUUGCAGGUCUCCUGAUCUUCGGUGUACUAAUGGCCAUUUUUCACAUAACUGAAAAUUCGCUGCUAUACGCUAUCGGCGAACCUCCUCAAUCGCGCAUAUACGUAGAAAGCCCUGCUAAUGUCGGCUUUACGUGUUGGGAAAAAGUAAGUUUUCAAAGUCCAUCUAAUAUUUAUGUUGUUUUAUUUGCGUUCCUCGUAAGCUACGCAUGGAUCGAGCGACACUUUCUGGCCUAUUUUGUUCACAUUCUCUCUUGA